AUGGAGGCGGCGCGGUGGGGCGCCGUCGCCGCGAAGUCGUCCUCGAACGCGGAGCGCGGCGACACCGAGUCGGAGUCGAAGCGGGAGCGCGCCGCCGGCGAGUCGGCGUCGCGGCUCGCGGAAGCGGGCGACGCGGCGACGUCCUCCGGCUCGAAGGCGAACCUGCGGUUUGGUUUGCCUGCUUUAACUGGCCGACUGAGGUGUUUAGUGACCGUGGCUUUGACCCCCACGGCGAAGUCAAUAGGAACACACUACGCCGCCGGCUGUAAGGCCGAAUGGUUCCGAAUGGUUCUAAUAAGCAGUCAAGCCUUAUCUUGUCAGCCGGAGGAGUUUAUUGGCCGUGCAAAAGGGACCGAG